AUGAACAGGUUGAAACCGCUAAAGCGACCGCCACGGAUUCCUCCCAAACGGGAUUCUGAGCUGGAUGGCUUGAUAAACACGGUGGAACAAAAGCUGCAGAAGCCCACACCUACCGAUCCGAUCGAUUUGGACAUGACGCACAUCAUCCCGCGACGAUUGUACGAACGGUUGCGACGCAUGGUGAAGCUGCCGCCGUACGAUGACCGGGAGUUUGAGGGAAUACUCGCCGUCCGGCUGCAGGACCCACCCGGUUCGAGCGAGGGCGAACGGCGCAGCACGGACGACGAGGACGAGCGGUUGCUCGGGAACGUGGAGCCCGCGGACGGGACGGGGGAGCAACCGUUCGAGCUGGUGGUGGAGGAACGAUCCGCCGCCCGGUCGCGCAUCAUUCCCACCGACACGCAGAGCAACUGGAUGGAGGCGUACCUGCGCAAGACCGGCAACGAGCGGAUCCGGUGGCAGACGAAGUACUACCGGACGGACCAGAAGCUGCUGGACAAGCCACUGUUCCAGCAGAUCGAGGAGCUGAUCGAUCUCGGUGCGCAAGAUUUCUCCGAAUGGCUGAACGGGCUCGGUGCGGAAAAGUCCAACAUUACGAAGGACAUCAUCAAGCAGCUGUUCUCGAUCGAGAUCGAGGACGAGAUGGCACGGGCGCUGCGGGUCGACACGCGCGAGAUCCGCGCAAUACCGACCGAGGCCGCCCGCCACUGGAACCUGGAGCACAUGGCGCUGCAGAGCCGAAUCGCGCAGGUAAUGCGUGCGGACCGGCGCCACCUGGCGAGGGUGCGCACGCAGCACGUGGCGUUCGGGCGCACAUUGCCGGCGGCGCUGCGUACGACCAGCCGGACCGACUCAACCGACACCAUCGAGCCGGACUUCCCGGCCGACCUGCGCACGCUCCGCGCCCUCUUCCAGGACAUUCGCCACCUGCGGUCGGUGCGCUACCUGAUCGACCAUCUGCGCGCGCGGCCGGACAUUCAGCGGCCCCGGUACCUGCUCGACGCCGGCCUCUUCCGGUCCGGCACGGGUGAACGCACCACGCCGUUCUAUCAGCAGGUGCUGCCGCGUAAAGUCAUCCUCAACAGCGUGCGACACAGCCCGUAA